AUGACCUCAUUUGAAGCGACGGGCCAACGGGCCAACGAGUACAGGGUGUGCGCUCUCCGUGCUCUAUAUAUCAUUCACUGCCCACCGACAAUCACAUUUACUACCACAGAUCCUGCCAACUACCCAGUUCCUUCUCCUCGUUAUCUUGCUAUUCAUGCACCAUGCGCACGCGCCUCACGCAAGGUGAUGAGGGAAAGGGAGUUUACCACGGUGCUUGUAUAUGAUGGGGGAUCCGCCGCGCUUCUAGAGCAGCUGCUGGUGCAGUCGAAGAUCGAGGACGGAGAUGACCCAGAAGAGGAGACGAUCGCCAAUUCUAUUCAAUGA